AUGAAUAGACAAAUGAAGAUUAUUGUUCUUCAUACAAAGCCCAACAUAAUUGACACAAUAUAUGUAAGUAAAAUUACAGUUACACGAUUUAAACAUUUUUACUUAGCUUUAAAAUAUGAACCAACAUUUCGUGAAGUGAUGCCAAGAAUUGAUUAUUUUCAGGCGUUUCAGGACGAAACGAACAAUAAGAUAUUAGAUUAA